ACCAACUCUAGAAGCCUGAGUUUAGGCAAGAAAUCUUGAUCCCUUGCACUGUGGGAUACUCAGUGCCAAUGAACUGUUUUCUGCCUUUCAGCUCAAGAGAGAUGAUCAAGUCCUUCAAACAGACAUUUUUGUCGCUGGAGCUGCAGUCACCCAGGUGGAGCUCAGCAGAGAUCGCGGUGCAAGAUUACGAGCUGCGUCACUAUGAGACGGCCAAAUGGGCUAGCACAGUAAUUCAGGGAGAGACGCAAAAGGAGGCAUUGCACCAGGGCUUCUGGAAGCUCUUCUACUACAUUCAGGGGAAGAAUGAGAAAGAGAUGAAGAUUGAGAUGACUGUGCCAGUGACGUGCCUGGUGAAAUCUGGUUGCACAGACUUCAAGGUCUCAUUCUUUGUGCCAUUCGAGCAUCAAGACUCCCCGCCACAGCCCACAGACCCAAAUGUCUUCAUUGAGGAGCGGAAGGGAAAGGCCAUCUUUGUCAGGUCCUUUGGUGGGUUUGCCUCUCCAGAGAAGUAUGCUGAGGAAGCCCAGGCACUGGCCAGAAUCCUAAAGAAUGUGGGUCAGUCAUUCCAUGAAGACUUCUAUUAUACUGCUGGCUAUGACAGUCCCUUCAAGCUCUUCAAUAGGCACAAUGAAGUGUGGUAUUUCAAAAAAUAA